AUGGUCCCAAACUGUGGUGAUCUUGGUACACUGGCUGCCAGGCCGCCUCCUCCAGCCAAUUGGAAUGAGGUGUGCCAGCCUCAAAACUCAAAGAAAAAGGAGCCUGCCCACACCAAUGACAACAUGAUGAAGCUGCUGCGUGCUCCUCCCCUCUCAACAGGGAUGUGGGCCAGCACCAAUUCACGUCCACCGCUGCCUUACCUCCCUCCUGUUUACACCAACCCACCCACCUCGCUCUCGCCUGUGCCCUCUUAUGCACGCCCUCUCCCCUCGUACUCGCCCACGCUCGCCACACGAGCACUCCCAAACACUUUGUCCCUUCAGCUCUCACCGAGCACCCUCCCCUACCAGGGCUGUGAGUUGCUCUCCACGAACUCCUGA